CGCACACACGUCGCACUAUCAACUGGACUCAUCUGAGAAAACAACUGCGCAGCGUAACGCAAGAAUCCAAAGACAAGUUUUGACCUCCGCGUUGCACGGCAGUUAGUAUGGACCGGGCGACGGGUUCCACUUUCCCGGCCGCCGCUGCUGCUGCCGCUGCUGCUGCUGGCGCCGUGUCCGGGCAGAGGAGCCGAAAAGCGGGCUCUUUGAUCCACCAGCUGCCGCUCUUCGCCCACUGCGGACAAGCUUGAGUAAAGUUCAAGCGGAGGAACACGUCUACGGAGCUACAAAACAACUCAAAAGAACAGACACUCCAGUGCGUAAUAUGGCACAGCGCGCGGAUUUAACUGUGGAAUAAUGCCUUUCUGUGGACUCGCCGGGGUUUUGCUUCUUUUCGACUCGAAGCAGCGGCAUUACCGUGCGGACCUUUACGUUGUUUCACGCAGUGAGACCGCAUGAAGGACACAGACGCGGAGAGAAAAGUUGAACGGUAGCGGGGUUUGGGAUGGAUAAAGGCUCGCUCAAGGACUCGGGACCCAAAUGUCACCCCCCUCGGACCGUGGGCUGGUCAGGGCCCAGCCGUGUGUGACAGGAGCCUGGAGCGCCUCUCUACAGCCAGCCUCCAAAUUGGCCCUGACUGAGCUCUGCGUGGUGCAGCCGUGAACGGUCCUGCUAUGGUCUGAUGUCUCAGCAUGGAUGGAGUCAGUCCACAGACUGGCCACCACUAAUGAGCGCGUCCCUCUUCAGCUGAGGACUAGCUUUUACAGGAUUACUCCCACUGUUUCCUGCUCUUUUCCCAGCUAACGGUGUCAUUACCAAAUUCUUGGACAUUUUGGCUCUAUUUUUUGUGGAUAUAUACACCAUUUCCUUUUUGAAGUUUAUUUGUUUGAAUCCAUCCAAGUUAUUUUUUAUUGGUUCUACUUCUGCUGUUGUGUUUUUCCACUAUGGAGUUUCUGGCUGGAUCGUGGAAUAAAGGUUGGGCUUCAUUCUUGCAUUUUUGGUUGACUGUUAUUAUAAGCCUCCAAAUGCAGUUUGGUCCCAGUACCUCGUGCCCAGUGGAGUGCCGCUGUGACAAACAGUUUGUGUACUGCAAUGAUCGCAGCCUGACCUCAGUGCCUCUGGGGAUCGAGGAGGGCUACAAGAUCCUCUUCCUUCACAACAACCAGAUCAACAAUGCUGGCUUUCCUGUGGAGCUUCACAAUCUGGCCUCAGUAGAAACUGUUUAUUUGUACGGCAACCAGCUGGAUGAGUUUCCUGUGAACCUACCCAAAAACACUAAAAUACUGCACCUUCAGGAGAACAAUAUCCAGACUAUCUCCAGAGCAGCCCUGGCCCAGCUCACUCGGUUGGAGGAGUUGCAUCUAGACGAUAAUUCCAUCUCCACUGUGGGGGUGGAGGAGGGCGCCUUCAGGGAGGCAGUUAGUUUAAAACUACUCUUCCUCACAAAGAACCACUUAAGCAGCGUUCCCAUUGGCCUUCCAGAGGACUUACAGGAACUGCGCUUGGAUGAGAACCGAAUCGCUGUCAUUGCAGAGGAGGCCUUUCAGAAUGUGACACGGUUACAUCGCCUCCUGCUGGAUGGGAACCUGCUGACAGAUGAGGGCAUCGCACCAGGCACCUUUCAUGAGCUGACCAACCUCCGUGAACUGGCCCUAGCCCGUAACUCCCUCACAUUCCCCCCUCCCCUCCUCCCCUCCCAGGCACUGGUCAAACUCAGCUUGCAGGAGAACCAGAUAAACCAGAUCCCUGUGGCUGCCUUCGCCGACCUCAGCCAGCUGGAAAAACUGGACAUCUCCAGUAACCAGCUGCAGACUCUGACGCAGGGCGUGUUCGACGGUCUGUCCCGCCUCCGCCAGCUCAUGGUGCGAAACAACCCCUGGCGCUGUGACUGCUCGGUCAAGUGGGUGGUGGUGUGGCUCAAGUCCCUGCCCCCCUACGUCAAUGCCCGAGGCUUCACCUGCCAAAGCCCUGACAAAGUGCGAGGCAUGGCCAUCAGAGAGCUCACUCUGGAGAUUAUUGAGUGUCCCAUUGAUAAAGAGCAGCCCGCCUGGCCCACUCUGCGCUCCACACCCCCUCCUCCCCCCACCACUGCCCCUGUCACCACCAUGAUCUCCACCCUCAUCACCACCUCUCUGCCAUACUACUUUGACUCCCCGUCACCCCCCCUCCCACCCAUCUAUCACAACCCCUCUGGGCCCCUGCCCCCCUAUGAGGACCCCCUUCAGAUCUCCUUCCAUGUGGUGAACUCCACUAACAUCGAGGUGAGCUGGGCUUCCUACUUCACAGUCACAGCUUACAAGGUCACAUGGGUCAAAAGGGGCCAAACCCAAAUGAGUGAAGGAAUGCAGGAGCGGACAGUUAGCGGCGACCGGAGGCACAUUAGCCUUUCUAACCUGGAGCCCCGCUCUGUCUACCGGAUCUGUGUGCAUGUUCUGGACUCACUAAACUCCUAUCGGCCCGGAGAGGACACUAUCUGCUCUGAGGCCAGGACUAAGUCCACCUCUCCUAAGCCGACUGGCUCAGACCAGUCCUCUCAGGACAGCCUCAACUCCACGCUGCUUUUGGCAGGGAUCAUUGGAGGGGCGGUGCUCAUCGUUCUCAUCACACUGCUCAGCUUGUUCUGCUGGCACAUGCACAGGAAGAGCCGGUCAUCUUCCACCAAAUGGAAAUACAACCGAGGCCGGAGAAAAGAUGACUACUGCGAGGCUGGGACCAAGAAGGAUAACUCCAUUUUGGAGAUGACUGAGACCAGUUUCCAGAUAGUGGCACUGAACAAUGAACAGCUGUUGAAGGGCGAUUUCCGAAUCCAGCCCAUCUAUACUCCCAAUGGUGGCAUUGGAUUUAGAGACUGUCACUUGAGUAACAACAGCAUAGCCUACUGCAAAAGCAGCAAUGUGCCCAGUACAGAGUUCUGCCACACGUGAUGCUGCGAAUAGUACAGUAUAAGGAACACUUGCAUAAUUACACAUGCACACUAUUUGUGUAGACUACAAGCAUAAAAUUUAGUCAAAUUAAACUGUACUAUAUAUAUUUCCAAGUUCUGUCUACAAUGUAAUUUAUACUGUGGAUAAAAAUGUGGGAUUCUCUGCUAUCUUUUUUAUUCCUAGAGAAAGUGUUUGCUUUUUUUAUAACCAGCAGAGUUUUGAGAGUUGUUUUAAUGGUCAGUACUGUACAUGAACAUGAAUUUGUACAAUCAUGGCACCCUGGGUGUAGCUUCUUACAAAUGCUGUUACAGUUGUAGAGCUGGAUGCAGAGGGCUGGGAUUCUUUGCUAACCACAGAAGCAAAAAUAUGGCCUAUUUGUGUUUUUAGAAACUGCAAUCGCUCUGAGAUACAGCCCCACAGUAGUAACACAGCACAGGGCAAAUCAAAACAUGGCUGAUUAGAGCACUGUGGAAAUAUAGCACUGGUUUUGUUGGUGGUAAGUUGUAAAAGCAGAGUUGAAGUGCACUUUCUUAUUAAUGGAAGCCGUGCAGGAAAUGAACGGCAGUGGUAGUACUCACAUGUGGGAGGUUGUGUCAUCAGCGCUGGUGAAAAACCCUGGAUGAGAUUUCCCAGAAGUGCUUUAACAGUAAAAGCAUCUUUGUCACACAGAUUCACAGCUAAAGGUGGGCUCAGACCGAGGCAUGAGCUAGUCUAUGGAGUGUCAGCUUCUGCACAUUCCUUUUUGUCUAAUGAGCAGUAACACGACCAGGUUCAGUUAUUAACACGAGUCUAAAAAGCAACAAAGGCUUUUUGUCUGUAAUGAGCUGUGUGAAUGUGCUGAGCCUCGCAAAUCCUUUUGAAGAAAUUCCCUAAUUUGUUCUGCUUCCUUCUGCCGUACCCCCCUGUUAUGACGAGUGGGGCCACAAGGGGGCAGCUUCCCUCAGUUUUUCUGAGAGAGAAGAAAGGCUCAUAGAUCAUUUUUAAGGCGAGAGACACUACAGGCACAACUUUCCUUUUCUGCUUUUUUUUUUUUUUUUUGCUUUUUUGCUUUUUGGUGCUCAUAUAAGCUUUCAUAUGAAAAACAGCUUGCAUCUAGAAAUAAAAAUAGUUUUAGUCUCAUGCAUUAAUAGAUUUAAAUGGCAAUUUUAAUGACAAUUUUCAAUCAUAUCUAGCUAACUGAAAUACUAAACAUCUGAAUAUACACAAUGGAUGAGGAUUACAAAGAUAUAAAUAACAAUAUUCAGCAAGGCUCUAUCAUUUUUUUCAGAGUUAUAUGCCUAAAUAUAUAUCUAGACAGACAUAUAUGUAUCUUUCAUUUAGUCAAUUUGUACACAUAAAAGGCCUUAUUUAUGUAUGAAAACACUGCAUGAUCAAAAACUACAGUAGAAAUCUGUAAUGUAUACCUUUAAAUUUAAGGCUUAUUUCCUCUUCACCUGCAGUGUCUCUCCUUAAUGAUGAGAAACAAUCUGAAGCUAACCAGAGUUUCCUGUAUGGCAGUCAAAUAAUAUCGAUUUUCCCCGACUAUUAUGAGAGUGGCUUGUGUGAAGGCAGGAAGUAAUGUGAUUCAUUUUCUGAUGGCUCACACUAACCGCUAAUUAUACACCCACUUAUUUCAACCUUGUCCCAGCGUUCAUUAGACUUUUUGAUAAAUUAGCAAAUUACAACAAAGAGAUUACACCCCGCCCCUGGUCCUUACAAAGCACAGAACGUAAUCUUGACUGAGCAGCUCAUCUAAUGUCUCAUCAUUUAUCCUUUUGUCUCCAUUUAUAAAACUGCCACGUCCUUUCAGCCUACUUUUGUCUGUAUAGUGAACCAGCUCAUGUCCCUCUCCCAAAUUGUCGGCCCAAGUAUCUGCAUGGUUCUUGCAAAAUUCUUUCACGGCUGAAGUAAGAUACAUAUAAAGGCUGCUUAUCGGGCCAGUUUUGUAUGACCAAAGCAAUGAAAAGAUGCGACAAUGGCAAAAAUUAUGAUUAAAAUGCAGUUUUUAUCUUGCUUUUGCUUUCAAAUCAGUACGGCAUUGAAACUGAAACAACAUUUAGAUAUUUACUAAAAGAGACGCAUUUGCUUAUAACAUAUCAACAACAUUAGCAUUUUUAUACAUUUGAUAAACAUGCCCUUGCGCAUUCAGCCCGAAACGGUAUCUAAUUUGAAGAAAAAAUACGUCAUUUUGAGGAAGGCUUUAUACCAAUUAUAAUACGGACAUUAUGAUAAAAAUACACUAUUACAAACAUAGAGAAAGUUUGUCUAAAAUGAUUCUAAAAUUCUAAAACUAUUCACUACAGAUCUAAUUUGGUGUUGUUGGUUUUUCUCCAGUAUUGAUACUUUUGAAUUAAAUUCUAAUGUCAGUCCUAGUUUAAAGGUGCAUUGUGUAACUUUUCACCAUGGAGAUGCCAUUGCUUCACCUGUAAAGUUCCACAAUAUGAUAUUAAAUGUAUAUAAAAAGGAUUUAUUCAAUUUUUGGUGUUUGUAUUGCUCAAAAAUACCUUUAAAAACAUGCAUUCUUACAAUGAGUGGGGUCCCCUCUGCACAGAUCUUACCUAUAAAUUGGCCUGGUGUCAUUUUCUUGUUUGAAAAGUUUGAAAAGUUGAAAAGAUUGAGAAGUUUAAUGCCAUACUUUGGAAUUACUGAGGUAAAGCUAUAAUCUCUCCAUGUAACUGGCGGGUCCUCUACCAGAAAAGUGACACAGUGCACCUUUAAUUAUUGAUAAUUAACUGCGUACCAAGUUUUUUCAUGCCUCAUUUGCUACCUAUCCCUGUCUCUGAACUCUUCCUGGCCUCUAUUUAAGCCUUUCUGUUCCUCCUUGUCUGAUGGUGGUUUCUGCGUGUGAGGUUGCACUCUUGAGCUCUUCAUUUUGCACUUCUUAAGACGACUUUAUUCGAUUUGACAAGAUUUUACAUCGAGGGGCCUAGCGUAAAAGAUUCCCCACCGCUAACACUGCCUCCCCUCUGAUAAUCCUCAACCCAAAAAGGCAGGAAAUACGCAGACCUGAUUUUCUCCCGCCUGCAAGAAACUCACAGUUGGAGAGGAAUUGCGUUAACUAUUUCGAGAGUCAGCUGCUAGCACUGUGGAGUACACCUUAUCAGCUUGGAACUAGGGCAAAAAACUGCAAAAAACGUGUGAAAGAAGAAUUUGAGGUUUUCCAGUAGUAGUAUCUGAAGUAGCAGCACUGUAAUUCUAGUGUUGCAUUAGAUCAAAAUCACGCGGCGGGCUAGUUCAAAUUUUAACGAAGUCCACGCCUCCACAGUUGCAACCCCAGCCUUGAAGAGAAGCUUUCACAUCCAUUAGUGUUUUUUGGGGCUUUUUUAGCUGCCAGACUUUUUCUCACUCUCGCUCAGUCUUGUGUAAUCUUGAAAGCUUUUGUAACAUUGAUAAAGUUGAGCAGGUACAUUUUUGACAUUUUCAAAAUUGCAUGAAGCACCUUGUAGCGGUUUUAACUUCUACAAACUAAAUGGAAUAUUUUUCCCUUCAAAAAGCAAAUGUAAAAGUGGCAGAUCCCAUCGUAGCUGGGGGGAAAACAGUGAAGCGUAUAAAAAGAUUGACAAGUGACAAGUAGUGCUAUUUGAGGAGCACGCUACGCAAGCUUAAAGGUGCAAUGUGUAACGUUUUUUGGUGGAGGGUGCAUCACCUGCUUCUUUUCAAGGAGAUAUUGUGUGGAAUUGAUCUUAUUUAUAGCAGGUGACACCACAGGGCGAAGUUACAUGUCAGAUCGGUGGAGAGGCGAGCCCACUCACAGUAAAAAUCUAAGCUUUUAGGUCAAAUAAAACUCAUGUUAUUGAGUAAAUGCUAAACCAGAGCAAUAUAAUCUCCAUGGAGACAAGCAAGCAGAACAGUGCAAUCAUGAAACAAAAAUGUAAAACUUGAUUCUAUCAAUGCGUAACAUAUAUUUCAGUAGCCUGAAGAUAAUAAAAAGCAGCAUAUUUUUUAGAGAAUAGAAUGUAAUUUUCAGCUCAUUUGUAACUAUUCAAAAAAGGCCCAAUUUGCUUCUCUUUAUGGGUUUUUCAUUUUUGGUAUAUCACAUAACGAUUUUUUGAAAACCCUACCUAAAAGUGCACUGUGUAACUUUUCUAGUGAAGGGUCCAUGACUUGCUUGUCUUCACAGAGAUGCUUUUGCUUACUAUUCCUGCUAUUGUCUAGAAUGUUCCACGGUAAAGAUUAAAUCUAGCUCAAUGGAGACGACUAGGCUAUAUUGCAGAUCAGAUCAGAUCAUUGUAUUUUUGAGCUGUAAAAACACCUAUAAUGAAUAAAUGUUAGGUUUAGGUGACAGACCCUCCACCAGAAAAGCUCUUCCGUGCACCGUAAAGAACCAUCCAUGUUUUUUGGUUGACACUGACGACUGGAAAGUGAAAAAAAAAUAAGCUGCUGUGUUGUUUUCAGGGUUAGAAUGAGAAAAUGAGAUGGCCAUUUUUUUCUAAAUUUAAGUCAAUCCUUCCCUCGUAAUUUUUUGUUUAGGAUCCAGCCACUUUCAAGAGUAAAAAGCUGCACUUCCAUGAAUCUUACAUACAUUCUUAUUCGAAAGAGAGCCCACUAAAACGACUGUUAACGUCAACAAUCCAACGCAUAAUUAGUUUCCUAUUUUAAGCUUUCCCUGAAUCUUUAGAUGUUGUUUUUGCUUUUACCAUUUUUGGCUCAGGCUUAUUUAAAUCUUCUGUGGUUAUCAAAGCAUCUCCAUUUUUCAUUUGACCUUUUCUACUAAUAUCCACAUAUCAGCUUACCUUACGCAUGCACUGUCCACGGAGACACGGUGGGUUUGAUCGGCCAGCUCUUUGAUCACGCCGUUGGCAAUCAUAAAGCUUUGCCCACAUCUAGCAGUUCACCAAGGGGGGGUUCUAUCCAUAAUUUUAUAGUGCACCAGCUGACCUAUGUUAUAUCAGAAAACACUUGAACAUUUUAGCAGGCUUUUGUGUGGAUUUUUGGAUUUCGUUUCAUCCCAGUUCGAAGAAAUCAAAUCGCUGUGAUCGCCACGCCCAACAUCGCCCCCUGUCUGUGAAUGUGUACUCAAGACUUGCCUUACCUUUUAUGUAGGAGGAUGAUCAGAGAGCGGCGUAGCAUUAAAAACAAAUCGAGCGCUACGACAAACGCUGCGCUUAUGUAAUCUCGAAAGCUUUCGUCACGUUGAUAAAGUUGAGCAGGUACAUUUUUGACGUUUUCAAAAUUGCACCUUGCGGCGGUUUUAAGUUCAACAAACUAAAUGGAAUAUUUUUCCCCUUCAAAAAGCAAAUGUAAAAGUGACAGAUUUCAAUGUGGCUCGAGGGAAUACGGUGAAUCAUCUUAAAAGAUUGACAACUGACAACUGGGGCUAUUUGAGGAGCACACUAGACAAAGCUUAAAGGUGCACUGUGUAACUUUUCAGGUAGAGUGUCCGCCACCUGCUUGACUCCAUGUACGUUAUUGUUUUUUCAUGGAAUGUUUUACAGUAUGGCAUUGUUUUAACUAUCUCCAUGGAGACACAUCAUUAGAUCUGUGGAGAAGUUGGUCCGUUCGCAGUAAAAAUGUGUCUUUCAGUUGCUUUGAGAGAUAAAAACACACUUAAAUGAACAAAUACAAGCUAUAUCUGUUUAAUGCCAUACUGUGGAACAUCCCAGGCUGAAGCAAUGACAGGAAGCACGUUUCUACGACAGCAGUAUUAGCAAGAAAUGACAACACAAACGCGACGCGCAGUAGCUAACAAGUCUGUUCAUCCGUAGUGUCAGAACCUUUAGCGGCACAUAGAUAAUGAAUCAAGCAGCAGAGGGGAGCUAGGGAUGUUUUGCAGCGUGCAUUAUUUUUUCAUUUUGCUUGAUGUGAGAAUAUGGCCGUGAAGCUGUAACCAAUGCAUUCGAUUUUACAGAGGCACUGCUCACAAACCGUUGAUUACUGUUUCAGGGUGUCGAGAUGAAAAUUUCCAGCUAAGCUCAUUGAAUCCAAUAUUAUGUUUAAUCACUGAAAGGUCAUUUCAGACAAAACAAAAGUUGUUUUAAAUGAGUUUGUGUCAUCGUAAUGCCUUUGGACACCGUGCAUUUCUUCCUACAAGGCAAAUCCUGCACUGCAAAUAGACAGGAAUUUCGUUUCUAUGUACUGUAAUAGAUUCAUAGUCUUUCAUCGCUUCUGGGUUUUCAUGUUUUUGUUUGUAGAGUCAUUAUUCUUUGUCAAAUUCAUGAUUUACAGAUUUAAGAUGGCAAUUUACGGCGCAUGUAAAAUCGGCGAGUGUUCAUCGUCGCAGUGUUAGCCAUCCACAAGCAAGACCUGUCCUAGGAACCAAAGUUAAAUUUCUGUUCUCAUGACGAACUUUGUUGAUGUUGUUCCAUGUAUGUGCCUUGAGGUUGAACUUACAAUGUAAAGUCCUUGAAACCUUUAAAUGUUUUUGCACAAACUGUAAAUACUUAAGUGAAGCUUUUUGACAAUAAAA